UAGUGGGAGGAACAAGAAUGGAAGAGUGGGUCUGAGAAGAGCCAGAGCUCCUGUUUGUCUACCAGGACCAUCUCUGCCUGAGCCAGGACUGCGGCUGGGAUGUUAUCUCCCUCUCUAUCCCUCUUUUUCUCUGUUUUCCCCGCCCUCUCCUCUGCCUCCCUCAAACACUACCUGACUCCCCCCUCUUUCUCUCUCACCGUCUGUCCCAAGCACUGACAAAGUAGCUGCAUCACCUCUCUGCUCCUCUUUCUUCUUGGCUGUUCCUUCUCUUUCACUUCAUUAUUUGCUCGACUUUGUUGCCAAAAUGUAUCGGAAUCCCUGGAUCUCGAAUUACCUGACUCAAGCGAAGUUUUGCAGCCAAGGACUUGGGAGUGAGACCCCCGCCAAAGCCAGUAAUCCUAGGUUUCUACAGAAGCGAGCGCUGAGCUUCCAGAAGGAAUUUUUUUAUGAGGAAAAAGACGAUCCAGCCAAAAACACCAAGGAUAUAGGUGUAAGUCUUACGGCCAGUCUCCCCAAAGUCUCUGAAUUAAGGAAACGUUUUGAAGGCAUUACAACAAGUGCAAGUGACUGGGAAAUGAACAGAAAGGAGCGUCUCGCUCGAAGACUGGAUGGAAUUGAUGGGGAGGUUCAUCCAUCUCUCCUGCCCAACUUGGUGGCCAACCAAGUGGUGUGUCUUCUUCCAGAAGACACACCACGUUACACCAGAGCAUCAGACCUUUGCGAGCCUCACGCUGUCCAGCGGUACGGCCUGGAAGGAUUUGAGAACCCAGACGCGCCUGUGAAGCCUCCUGAUCGGGAGUCCAGAGGUCGAUACAGUUCUGACACUCAGUCCUCCAUCCACACAGAGCCAGUCCAUAGUUCAGGAUCUACCACUGCUACCCCAGAGCAGGAAUCCAAAGCCGAACGCAUCGCCCGCUACAAGGCAGAGCGCCGCCGACAACUGGCCGAACGCUACGGCAUCUCUUUGGACCAGGACCUCGACUUGGAUUAUGCAUCACGCUACACCCGCACCCGGAAUGAAACUGACAACUUGGAGAGGCGUAAAAGAGAACUUGGAGAACUUUUAAAAGACGAAGGCAGGGACAUCACUCUGAGUGUUUACAGCAGCACUGCAGUCAGUAGCCCGAAAUCAGGCAACUCUGCAACUCCUCACAGCCGCCCUGACCCAGUCUACGAUGUGGCUCGCACCAGGCUGGACUCACUCUCUGAGAGAGAGAGGCUGAUGAACCUGGAGAAUCAACGCAGAGCUGCUCCAUCUGAGUCUACAUCCACCUCCUCAUACAUGGACGUAACCUCAUCAUUCUCUGCCAAGGUACCUGCUAAAGACUCUGUGGCUUUACUGCCACCUAGCUCACCAAAGAUGAGCAGACAUUCAUCACUUGCCUCACCCAAACAUACUGCAUCUCCUGGGGAGAUGUUCAUUGAGCAGCAGGCCCAGAGCAUCCUUAGCAGACAGGGUGCAAAAACGACCCUUAGCUCUGAUUGGUUCCUCCAGACUGAUGCUGAGGGGAAUACCCACUCCCUCAUCAACUGGCCUUCAAGAAUAAAAGUUAGGGAGAGGCUUGCCAGGGAGGAAGGGCACCAGAGAAAUCCAGAACUGGAAAAUUUGGCUGAAUUGUCGGGAUACCACAGACAGCUUCAGUACCGGCCCCAGACUUCUGCUCCGAUCCACUACAACAGGGAGCGAGCAGGCCCCCAGCAGGCCUACUUCCAAUCGUAUCACGAUCCACAAUCUCAUUUCAGCAGAUCUAGUCAUCAAGGAGGAGAAGAUAUUGGUGGUUACCUGAGUUACCUGUCUAUGGCCUCUGGUCCCACAUGCAGAGCUGAACAGGAACAAGAAAAAAGAGUGUGUCAGGAUGAGACUGAGGAACCUGAGGGGGUAAAAACAGAGGGUCUGCUGAGGAGCAGAAAAGCUGUCUUGCCUUCAGAGAUCCGUCGCAGGGAGAGAAGCACGGAGGACCCACAAAGAGGAAGAAGUGAGGAAGAGAUGGGGUUGUCCAGCAUGUACAGCCUCAGCCAGGCUCAGGUUGCUGCUGUAGAGGAACAUGCAAGAUCUGGAGUCAUAAGCAGAGCCAGGACAGAGAAAUCAGAGCACAGCACUUGUCUACAGGCAGCAGAGUGGAGACCUCGAGGUCAACAAAAUGUCAUUUAUGUUCACAAAGGACCGACAGCAACCCACAUCCAUCCUAAUACAUUGCAUGCAAUCCAUGGCACCACCGCCUCCAGGACUGCUUUUAACCCCUUGGUGUCAGAUGUUGGUACAAAUCAAAGGAACAUACAGCACCAGCUGCAAGACUAUAGAGUCCAGGAGUGUGAGGGUGAUGGGAAUGGAGAGGGUCAUCAGGAUCGCCGGGUGUCUGUGUCCAAGCUCAGGCAUUCAUACAUGGACAGCACCACCACACCUCCAAGCAGACGCAGGAAUGAGCUUGACAUUGAGGGUCAAAGGAAACAUGGGGGCUACCAGGCACCAUGGAGAGGUGUGAGGGAAAGGGGGCACCAGCCUCUGCACUAUAUCUGUCAUGGGGAGAGUCGAAAGACCUCAGAAAGGUUUAGGACUCAGCCCAUCACUUCUGCUGAACGGCAGGAAACUAAUAGGUCUUGCGUGAGCUCACACGUUACUUCUAUAGAUGCUGAUGAAGAAAAGCUGGAUGAACGAGCCAAGCUGAGCGUAGCAGCAAAGCGCUCUCUCUUCAGGGAAAUGGAGAAGAGCAUUGAUGGAGGACUUCCCAAACCACGGUCCAGGAAUGCAGCAGUGGACAGAAGACUUAGGCGGACACAGGACCGAUCGAGAACUCAGCCGGUCACCACAAAAGAAGUAGUCAUAGCAGCUACCCUGCAGGCAUCCUUACAGCAGAGCUCUGCAGCCCGGCAGCAAGCGCAGGGAUCUCAGGAGGCCCGAGGCUCAAAGCAGGCAUCUACAACGGAGGGAAAAGUCGAGAUGCAGAGUGGAAAUCAUGAGGAGCCUGAUGUUUGCACCCUCAGCUUGGCAGAAAAGAUGGAGCUGUUCAAUCGACUCGCACAGCCGCCUACCAGAGUUACCCGUACCCGGGGCGACACCUGCCAGCGCAGAGCCAAUGCUCGCUACCAGACCCAGCCCGUCACCCUGGGAGAUAUGGAACAGGAGCUCUCAGAUACAGACAUCAGGGAUGAUGAACAGGAGCUGUGUGACAGCCCAGUUGAACAACUCCAACUUCAAAACGCAGGAACUCUGUAUGGACACACGUCAUCCUCCUCUGUUCUCAGAGCAGGAGCCACUGUCUCCUCUGACCAUGCCGGAGACAUCCACAUAACAAGCGCAACUGUCCAUACAGAGCACACCCCACCCAACUCUGACAGGCCCCCGUUUCACUGCCACCCUGAGGUCCAUGCUGUGAAGUCGCAGGACACCUUAGACCACCACAUGAACCAAAUCUUGGACCAGGGGGAAAACACCAUGAACCUGAAAGUGGGGAAGAGGAGGUUGCCCUCUCCUGAAACAGCUGUCAGGCAGGCUUCUCUGCCCCAGCCCCAUACUGGAAGAGAGAGAUGGUGGGAGGAGGGAGAGGAGGAGGACGAGGAGGAGCAACACUGGCUUUCCAGAGUUAGGGAGGAGGCUGCUAUUCAGAGCUUGGGGAGCCACAAGUUCUGGCAGAAAGAAGAGCACAGGCGGUGUCCAAAGGAGGACAGUCACAGGAUCAGAACCAUCAGUGCAGAUCUCCCGGACUCCACUGCAGUAACAUCCAGAGACGCAGUCGGAUUGGCCGUAAGUGAGCGUCAGCCUCUAGCGGGGGGGCAGUCCGUCUGCCUGGUUCAGCUUGAUUCUGAAGAAGAUAUGGGGGAUGUGAUGAUUGACCAACACAUGUCUAUUAGAGAUAGGGUUGCAUUGUUAAAGAAGAGCGGAGAGAAAGACUGGAGGAACAGGAUCGAUAAGAAGCAGGAUGUGGCCAAGGUUGCCGACGAUGAAGAGCGGGCUCAGCUCUGGGAGGUGGAGCAGAGCUUCAGGAAGAAGGAUGAUGAAGCACUGAUGAUGAUUGUGGACUUUGCUGUGUCCAACCUGUUUCGGGAGCCUGUCUUUGCUGCUACUUUCUCUCCUCCUCCCGAUCCUCCUUUCCAUACUUCUCCUGAUGACACAGCCAGCCAGGCCACCAGAUCACCCAGACCCUUGCAGGUGGAUGAAAGACACCCCUGGAGAAGGAAGAGAACAGCCGAGGCUGAGAUGGGGAGCCAGAGCAUUGAGGCUCACAUGUCCAUUCAGGAGAGAAAGCAGCUGAUCGAGGCUCAGGAGGAGGCCUGGAAGACCAAAGGCCACGGAGCUGCUAAUGACUCCUCCCAGUUCACUGUGGCUGCUCGAAUGGUGAAGAAAGGACUGGCCUCUCCAUCUGCUCUCCACUCUUCCCUCCAGUCCAAAUCAAAGAACAGUCUAGCUGUCUCCAAACCUCAGGAAGACUUGGAGGAAUUUCAAGAGAUUAAGGCUGUGCCAGAUCUGAACCUGGAGUCAGACGCAAAGCUAGAGAAGCUUGAGUCAUUCCUUGGAAAGCUCAACAGUAAAGUGCCUGGACUGCCAGAAGCAACCAUCACUGUGACUGAGAAGAAAGUAAAGGAAGUAAUGACCCUUGAAGAUGAAACUUUUUCCAAGUUCUACCGCCAUGUGGAGGACCUCCCUGCCAACACUAACACGGUGGAGAUAGACGACGACUUUGAUGCCAUUUUCGACCCGGACGUGCCAAAAUUGACUUCAGCGAUGGUGCAGCACAAGAGGGCGGUGCGGCCUAACCGCAACGUUCAGUCGUCCAGAAACCCUCUGAAAAAGCUGGCUGCCAGAGAGGAUAUCAGACAUGAGUACACAGAGCAGAGACUCAACGUAGGCCUGCUGGAGAGCAAAAGGAUGAAGGUGGAGAAGAUGAACAAGAACUCUGGAUUUUCUGAAGUGGCUCUGGCCGGUUUGGCAAGCAAGGAGAACUUCAGCAGCGUCAGCCUGCGCAGCGUCAGUAUCUCUGAGCUGAUGUCUAACAACAGUGCUGUGCCAUACAAGAAGCUCAUGCUGCUACAAGUCAAAGGUCGACGGCACGUCCAGGUCAGGCUGGUGGAGCCCAGAGCGUCCUCUCUGAACAGCGGAGACUGCUUCUUACUCAUCACCCCACACCACUGCUUCGUCUGGAUCGGAGAGUUCGCCAACGUCAUAGAGAAAAGGAAGGCGUCAGAGUUGGCCAACUUCAUCCAGAGCAAGAGAGAUUUGGGUUGUCGAGCAGAUUAUCUCCAGAUGAUAGAUGAAGGCGCCGACACACACAGCCACGCUGUCCAGGAGUUCUGGAUGUGUCUCGGAGGACAGUCAAGUUAUCAGUCAGCAGGAACCCCAGAUGAAGACGAGCUAUAUGAAGCUGCGAUCGUGGAGACAAACUGCAUUUACCGCCUGAUGGGUGACAAACUUGUCCCAGAUGAUGAUUUCUGGGCCAGAAUGCCCCGCUGUACACUCCUCAACCCCAAAGAGGUUUUGGUGUUUGACUUUGGCAGUGAAAUGUAUAUCUGGCAUGGGAAGGAAGUGACUCUGGCACAGAGGAAGGUUGCUUUCCAGCUGGCCAAGCACCUCUGGAACGGCACCUUCGACUAUACAAACUGUGACAUCAACCCACUGGACCCAGGAGAGUGCAAUUCACUAAUUCCAAAAAAAGGCCAAGGUCGGCCUGACUGGGCAGUGUUCGGCAGGCUGACUCAACACAAUGAGACCGCCCUGUUCAAGGAGAAGUUUCAGGACUGGAGUGACUCCAGGACAAUCAAUUCCACACCAACAAAUGAUCACAUUGCCGACCACAAGGAGCAGCCAACUUCUGAUAACCCCCGUGCUUUCAAUGCGUCCCUGAUGCUGCCCCUCCAUCAAGCGGUGGUCUGCACCAUUUUAGACGGAUUCAGUGUGGGCCGGGGCUAUGGCCUUGUGGAGGCUGAGGACUGGCGGAGCUAUGAGAUUAGCACUCUGGCCGUGGAGGUGUGGCACAUCCUGGAGUUUGACUACAGCCGUUUGCCUCGCCAGAGCAUCGGCCAGUUCCAUGACGGUGACACCUAUGUGGUCAAGUGGAAAUAUAUGGUCAGCACUGCUGUUGGGAAGAGACAAAAUCCAGAGCAGCAGAAGACCGCAGGAGCUGGCAAGGAGAAGUGCUGCUACUUCUUCUGGCAGGGCCGCAACUCCACCAUCAGCGAGAAGGGAACAUCGGCGCUCAUGACGGUGGAGCUGGAUGAGGAGCGGGGAGCACAGGUUCAGGUCCUGCAGGGGAAGGAGCCGCCAUGUUUCCUGCAAUGUUUCAAAGGGGGAAUGAUUGUCCACUCAGGGAAAAGAGAAGAGGAGGAGGAAUGCUCACAAAAUAAAUGGCGUCUUUACUGUGUGAGAGGUGAGAUGGAGGUGGAAGGCCACCUGCUGGAAGUGGCCUGUCAUUGCAGCAGUCUGCGCUCCAGAGUCUCCAUGGUGCUGCUGGGUGUCAGCCAGGCCCUCAUCUACUUGUGGCACGGCUGCAAAUCCCAGACACACACUCGGGAGGUGGCUCGUAUUGCCGCCAACAGACUCAAAGAACAUUGUCCUCUGGAAACUGGGCUGCACAGCAGCAGCAAAGUGACCAUACGGGAGUGUGAUGAAGGAGCAGAGCCGACAGGGUUCUGGGAAGCCCUCGGCAGAAGGGACAGGAAGGCAUAUGAUUGCAUGCUUCAAGAUCCGGGCAGGUUUAACUUCACACCUCGUCUGUAUCAGCUGAGCAGCAGCUCUGGGGAGUUUACAGCUGUGGAGUUUCUCUACCCUGCCAGAGACCCCGACCAGGUCAACUCAAUGCCUUUCCUGCAGGACGACUUCUAUGGAGCCUCGCAGCCAGCUCUGUUCCUGGUGGACAACCACCAUGAGGUGUACCUGUGGCAAGGCUGGUGGCCUCAGGACAGUGAAAGCACCGGCUCGGCCCAAAUCCGCUGGGACUCGGACAGAAAAUGUGCCAUGGAGACGGUGCUGCAAUACUCCAGAGAAAAGAACGAGAAGAAACCUCCCAAAGCGUACCUGAUCCACGCUGGUUUGGAGCCGCUCACCUUCACCAACAUGUUCCCCUGCUGGGAGCACAGAGAGGAUGUGGCAGAGAUCACUGAGAGGGAGGCAGAGGUGAGUAACCAGAUCAUCCUGGUGGAGGACGUGUUGGCCUGGCUGUGUAAGACCACCUACCCACUGGCUGAGAUCCUGGCCCGGCCGCUGCCUGAGGGGGUUGACCCUCUUCACUUGGAGGUCUACCUGUCUAAUGAGGACUUUGAGGGUGCAGGGGCUUAUGGGAAGAGAGCCCUGGAGAUGAACAGAGAGGAAUACGGCGCUUUGCCUGGAUGGAAGCAGGUGAACUUGAAGAAAUCCAAAGGACUCUUCUAAAGGAUGAUGUCCAGGCUUCUUUUGUUUCUAUGUACACAUAGCAGAGACUCGGGAGCAGCUCCUCCUGAGUUGAACCUAUGAUAGAGGAUCGCGGAUGGGAUGAAGAACCUCGGAGAUGUGGAGGAGAGGUGUGCCAGCCUCUCAUGCUGCAGAUUUCCAUCCUGUCUGCACUCUUGUGAUGUGUGUUGUGAUGAUUGGGAAACAUGUGGAUGCAAGCAUCGCUAUGUUAAUAGUGCUCCUUUAUGAUGACACUGUUAAUGAUUGUACAUAUGUAGCAUAUGGAAAGCAGCCUGGAUCUUCCACUGGCAGCCUUACAGCCAUCUGUUGGAGUGAAGGCAGGUCUGUCAGCCUGUUGGACACACUCCACUUCAGACUCUCUGCUAGAUAUGUUUGUGCAUUACAAAUUAUUUAUAUUUAUGUUAAAUCCACAGAGGAGGUUUAAAAAUAAACUUUAGAUAUAAAAAUACAAACAAACACUACAAUUAUUGCUGUAAAUCUUUCUGUCGUACAUUUUUAAGUUAACAGCAGCUCUGCUGUACAGAUAAUCUUUUACUAAUAAAUUGAAGCAGCUUUGAAUGCAGCAUUUUGUCUCUUUCUUGUAGUACAUGCUUGACUCAAGAAGGAAGCCUGAUGAAGUGACUUCAGUGUAUAGUGCCUUGCUCCAUGUACAGUUUAUAUAUAGAUCCUGUUCUGACUUUCCAAGACUGUUUGUAAUAACAAACCAGUAGAGAAAUAAAGUUUGAUAUCAAUGCA